AUGUCCGUCCUCACCGCCCUCGCCCGCACCGCUGCCCGCACCGCUCGCCCCGCCACGCGCGCCCCCGCUGCGGCCCUCUCUCUCGCCGCGCGCAGUGUGCACACCCUCCCCCAGCUCGACUACUCCUAUGACGCCCUCGAGCCGCACAUCGCGGCGAAGAUCAUGGAGCUCCACCACUCGAAGCACCACCAGGCGUACGUCAGCGGGCUGAACGCGGCCGAGGAGUCGUACGCGACGGCGCCAUCGCCGAAGGAGCAGAUCCGGCUCCAGGCCGCGCUCAAGUUCAACGGCGGCGGGCACAUCAACCACUCGCUCUUCUGGAAGAACCUCGCGCCCGCGGGCAUGGGCGGGGGCCAGCUCGCGGACGGCCCGCUCAAGGCGGCGCUCGAGGCGGACUUUGGGAGCGUCGAGGCGUUCAAGAAGAAGAUGAACACCGUCACCGCCGGCAUCCAGGGCUCCGGCUGGGGCUGGCUCGGCUACAACCCCGAGACGAAGAAGCUCGAGAUCGUCACCACCGCGAACCAGGACCCGCUCCUCACCCACGUCCCUAUCAUCGGCAUUGACAUCUGGGAGCAUGCGUUCUACCUCCAGUACCAUAACGUCAAGGCGGAUUACCUCACCGCCAUCUGGAACGUUGUCAACUUCAAGGAGGCCGAGCGUCGCUUCGUUGAGGCGUCAAAGUAG